GCCCCCCAUCGCGCAACUGGGGAGCUAUCCAGCAAGCGUUUCAAAGUAGUCUCCUUGCCCGGCUAGAGCUGUCUGUUGUCUCUCCAGGAAUGAGAAGUGAUGGCCGGCUCCGCCAGCGAGGAGAAAACCUUCCGAAGGUUCUUGGAGCUCUUCCUCCGAGAGGUGAGGGGACCGCUCCAGGACGACGAACCUCUACCCAUGCGCCCCUUGUCGGACCUGGUCUCGGAGGACGAAGUAGAAGGGGAAUGCCUCGACUUGUGUCUCCAGCACCUGUGCAAAUAUAACUGCCCCUUCGCUCUGGCAGCAGGUCUGGCCCGGGCCACAGCGGAUGACAUCUUGCAGAGUGACCUCUCCAUCUACCACCUCAACAAGGGGGUGGAGGACGGCACCGACCCCUUCCCCCAGCUGGAAUCAGUGAAGCUGGCUCGGCUGGUCUUCAACAAGCUGUGUGACACCUGCUGCCUGUGGCUGAAGGACUUCCCGCACCGCCGCCGGCAGCAGCGCUACUACGAGACCUCCAUCCACGCCAUCAAGAACAUGCGGCGCAAGAUGGAGGACAAACACAUCGUCAUCCCUGACUUCAACAUACUCUUUAACCUGCAGGACCAAGAGGAGCAGGCCUACUUCGCUGUGUUCGAUGGACACGGGGGCGUGGACGCCGCCAUUUACGCUGCCAACCACCUGCACGUCAACCUGGUACGACAGGAGAUGUUCAGCCAGGACCCCGGGGAGGCCCUGUGCCGCGCCUUCAAGCUGACGGACGAGCGCUUCGUGCAGAAGGCCUCGCGCGAGAAUCUGCGCUGCGGCACCACGGGCGUUGUGACCUUUCUGCGGGGCAGCACCCUGCAUGUGGCCUGGCUGGGGGACUCCCAGGUCAUGCUGGUCAGAAGAGGGCAACCUGUGGAGCUGAUGAAGCCUCACAAGCCAGACAGAGAGGAUGAGAAGCAGCGCAUCGAAGCCCUGGGUGGUUGUGUGAUCUGGUUCGGCACAUGGAGAGUCAACGGCAGCCUGUCAGUGUCCAGGGCAAUAGGCGACUCGGAGCACAAGCCCUACAUCUGCGGCGACGCCGACCAGAGAAACUACCAGCUGGACGGCACGGAGGACUACCUGAUCCUGGCCUGCGACGGCUUCUACGACACAGUGAGCCCGGAGGAGGCGGUGCGCGUGGUGAGCGACCACCUGCAGGAGAACGGCGGCGACAGCACCAUGGUGGCGCACAAGCUGGUGGCGUCCGCCCGCGACGCCGGCUCCAGCGACAACAUCACCGUCAUCGUGGUCUUCCUGAGGGACCCGCGCUCCCCGCCCCCGCCCGAGGAAGAGGAGGAGGAGGAGGCAGCGGCGGAGGACGCGGAGGAGGCGGAGGAGGAGGAGGAAGAGGAGGAGGCCCUGCAGGCCGAGCUGGGCUGCCAGGACGGAGGCGUGGACGUCGGGGGCAAAGGCCGUGGGUCGUGGCCUCUGCAGCAAUGCUCUGCCCCGGCGGACCUCGGUUACGAAGACCGAAUGGACUCCUUUACUGACAGAACUAGCCUGAGCCUGGUGGGACCCGACCUGAUGUCAGAGGAAGGCCGGCUACGGCUCCCGGCCGCCUCGCCUCCGCCCCCUACCAAAACCUAUACCCCAGACGUAGAGCCCGCCAAAGGACCUGGCGCUGCCUGGUGUCCCCGCCAAGAAGAAGGGCACUCCGCGUACGGGCACGCUCCGCGGGGGCCCAAACCGUGUGUGCCGUCCUGUCAGCCGCCCCGCGUGGAAGGACAGUGGCUGGAGGCGGCGGCCCUCUUCUCCCGAGAGGGGCGACCCGCGAGGAGGGCGGCGUGCCCCUCCCUGAGGUGGGGGCCCCGGCGGGUGCGCAGGGUUCCCAGGGAGACCUGUGGCCUGCCGCAGGCCCCCCGCGGUGCACCCUACCCCUGCCGUCGCCCGGAGAGGAGGCCGGGCGUGGCCGCGCCGCGGGUGCCCCUGAGCAGCAGUGACUGACACGGCUGCCCCCUGUCCCGCUCUCCCAGCCCUGCUAGAGAAAACCACACAAAUACCACGCAUCCCACACCGUCGGGUCGGAGCCCCCGGGACCCGUAACGACCACUCCCUCCCUGUCCACUCCACUCCACCUCGAUCUGGCCCAGCCUGUGACAUCACAGCCUCUCGGUCAGGAAGCCCCGCAGUCGUAACUCCUCCCCCUGUUGUUCGGAACAGAGGUACUGUGAGUGCGUAACGGAUGCAUAACGGAAUUCCUCUAAUUCACCCACUCCAUUUUUAUAUAUGUAAGCUUGUAAGAUUAAGAUUAGUGGUCACUUAUCUGUAUAAAUCCAACAUAUAGGCCAGCAGUGUGCAUUUAAGUUAAGAACCGGAGGCAUCGUCAGUAAGAAAUUCUAUCAAAGUUUUUGAAAGGUCAAAGUCUUAGCGAAACAAAGGGAGUGAAACUGCAGUAAUUACGGCUGAGCCUUGCACUCGUCUUACUUCUUGUGGGAGAGAGAGAGGCCAUUUCCCGACAGGAGCCUCGUGUUGAAGUGCCCAGACAGCUAUGACACAACCUCAGUUCAGCCCCAAGCGAAAGGUCAGGACAGUUCAGACAAACUGGCAGAAAAAUGUGCCUUUUUCUACCGUGGGGCAGAUGGGAGGGGGGGCACUUCAGAUAGCCACACAAGCCAUACUUGAAGAUAGAGCGUACACUUUGACAUGAACAAAUGACCUAAGCCGAAUAUAUCCUCCCUCACACACGCAGUCAUACACAGGGCAGGAAAUCCUCAGUUUAGAUCACUGAGAGAGCUGAGGAGCUCGAGCCUGAUGCCCUGCGCAGCUCCAGGGGUUAGCCCUGUUAGGCUGUGUCAUACCCCUGUAUGCAUACCGAGCUGUAACCUUAUAGAGCCAAACUAAUCACCAUCUCCCUGAGAGAGGCAACUGGUUUGAAUUGAAUGCUGCCCUUGUAUUCUGGUAACAUUAACAUUAAAAACUUGACUAAGCCAUUCCAGCAAAACUGGGAAGUGUUACAUAUUUCUGAAUAAUACUGUCAUCUUGUGUAUACGUAUACAUAUAUACUUAGAUAUAUAUUUGUAUGUGUGUGUAUGUAUACGCACAUACACACACACACAGCUGAUAAGUAUAUAUGUGUAUUUGAGACAGCUGCAAUUGAGUUUUUAUAAUUCUAUUAAAGUGACCAUGACUUGAUGGUUCUGUAAAUGGUGCUCCGCUGUCCUGGCCCAAGCUGCAUACUGUCAAGAUCCCCCAGAUCACACACUCACUGCUGGGACCACUGUGGACUUUCCACACGCCCAUGGUCAAGUGGUGGAUGAACUGGAAUGAGUGAAAUCCAUGAGAGGUCACACAGGAGAGAUGGAACUCGCCUGUGCACCCCUGACCCCUCUUCCUCCUUCUCCUCCUCCUCCUCCCAAAGCGUGCCAUUUGGUCACUCACCCCCAUGGCCCCUCAAAGCUAACGCCAGUGUCUGAGGCGAGAGGGAGGGACAGUGGGCUUGUGUAAGUGGGGUCCAAAGCUCUCUGGCUCGGGUUGCUUGAAUCGUCCCGCACCGAGGAGCCACCCGCCCGUCGUCCCCUCCGCUGCUCCAACGAACGAACCCGCCGCCCGGAACCAGCCGAGCUCCGCCGCUUCAGACCCCCCAGAAGGAAACGAGGGGGGCAAGGAUCGCCGUGCAGCACGCCACCCCCCGGGAGCGACGGGAGCGGAAUGUACAAAGUUCCGGAAUGUACACAGAUCUCUGAACGCCCCGAGUUUCCUCACAGGUGAACACGUGCAAUCAAAGCAGCGACGGUGGGGUGUUUUUUUUGUUUGUUUGUUUAAGGUUUUUUUCGAUGCUCACUGCCAGUCUGUCUGUGCUGUACGGAAUGUAACUGCGUUCAUGCUCCAAAGACUGGGGGGAGCUUCCCCCAACACCCUCCCCCCACCCCGUGUUAUAUAAUAUAAGAGACAGUCCUCGGCGAGAGAGGGGACGACCAGCUUCCUGCGCUGGCUGCCGUAUCCUCUGGCUAACUGGAGUACACUGGGGCAUUGAUCCAACAGCAGGCAUUAGGCCGCCGCCCACCUCCUCCGGCUGGGCGUGGCUCCAGAUCCCUCACCCUCGCUGUGUGGACUGUAGGUCAUAUCUCCAUGAACAGGUGACUGCACUGACUGCCAUGGCCCCCUCUCUUCCCUAUGCUGAAAGCCGAAAACAUAUGUGAGGGUGCUCUCCCCCGCGCUUUUAGCCUUUACCCCCCCCCCCCCCCACCCUGCUUUUUAAAGCUCACUGCAUCGUAUUUGGGAGUGAAGAAAGAGCUCCUGCAACUGUAUCGCCAUCCCACCCCUCCACCACCUCACAAGGGGCACCUAAUAUAUACUGGAAUUCUAUAACUAGUUAACACAUAUAUUUAAAUGUAUGUGAGGGUGUGUGUGUGUGUGUGUGUGCGUGUGUGUGCCUGUGCGUGCAUGUUGGGACGUGUGCAUGUGGUCCGUCUGAGUCCAAUAUUUAAAAUCAACACUGUAAAUUCCGCAGGACAACGGGACAUUAGUCUGUGUGGAUCUCACUGGUCAUUCCUCCUCUGCACCGUGUAGCUACCCCCGAACACACAACCCUACCCCUGUCCCCCAGGAGGACAGCUGUGAGUCUGCAGCACUUGACCUUAAAGGCGAGCUUCAGGGACCAGAGCACUGCGCUUACACCCCAAGCAGUAUUUCCGUGCUCCCAUGGAGACGGAAGCCAAUCAGGAAGCCCCGAGAGAGCGCCCCCCCACCCCCACCC